AUGGAGAAACAGCUGGAGGUCAUCGAAUUCAAUGGCACGGCCCUCAUCAAAAGUAAGGACACUGGGGGUGGCCAUGACUGCAGUGGCCUAGUAGGGAGUAAGCUCACCAGUCCGAGGAAGGAGGGCCGGGGAGCACCGGGCCGCUAUGGGAGGGGAACGGGGCCGCAGGUGACGGCGACGGGGCCGUGGGUGGCGGCGACGGGGCCGCAGGUGGCGACGAUGGGGCCGCAAGUGGCGGCGGGGCCGCAGGUGGCGGCUGUGUGGCCGCAAGUGGCGGCGAUGGGGCCGCAGGUGGUGGCGACGGGGCCGCUGGUGGCGGCGACGGGGCCGCUGGUGGCGGCGGGGCCGCAGGUGGCGGCGGCGUGGCCGCAGGUGGUGUUGACGGGGCUGCAGGUGGUGGCGACGGGGCCGCAGGUGGCGGCGACGGGGCCGCAGGUGGCGGCGACGGGGCCGCAAGGGGCCUAG